UACUAAUGCGUACACAUUUCAGAGUGAUUCUGGAGACUGCCUGGCUAUCGUUUUCAAGGUGCAUAUAAAGGAUCCCUGUCGUCAAACAUUACUGAAAUAUCUGUGCUAUAUUGAUCAAAUAACUGUAUAGUGUAAACCAUAAAGCCUUUUUGAAUGUAUCAUCCAAAACUACAAGAAGAGCCAGAUGCCAUCACAAACAGCCAAUGCCGACUCUUUAGAGGAACCGACUCCAGUGGACCAGGAAGCAUCAAGCACCCCAACAGGAAGUGAGCAGAUGCCCACAUCCACCACCAGUGAUGUCAUCAAUCAGUCCAAAGAUACUUCCAAACCUGUUACCACGACAAGCACCGAGUCUCUUAGGCCCAGGUUCGGUGCUGGCAUUCAAGCUAAAGAGAGGCUAAAGUUUAUUCUGGGAGCUUCUGAGGAUUACUCAUCUGAUGAGGAGCCUGUAAUUUCACGCCAUGCAGCAAGACCUCAGCCCCAAGGCACAGAGCCAUCCAAGGAAAUGGCCACAUCCUUAUCAGAAGCACCGCCGCCACCUGCCCUGGGUUCAUCUUGCAGUUUAAGGCCUAGCAUGUCAGGACCCCACCUGCUGAAAAAAGGCAGAGAACAAAGAAAAAUGGAUGUGCACAGAGAUUUCACCGUCGCCUCACCUGCUGAGUUUGUCACUCGCUUUGGAGGAAACCGGGUUAUAGACAAGGUGCUGAUUGCUAAUAAUGGCAUCGCUGCUGUUAAAUGCAUGCGGUCUAUUCGCCGCUGGUCCUAUGAGAUGUUUCGAAAUGAGAGGACCAUUCGCUUCGUGGUGAUGGUCACGCCUGAAGACUUGAAAGCCAAUGCAGAAUACAUUAAAAUGGCUGAUCAUUAUGUGCCUGUGCCUGGGGGCUCGAAUAACAACAACUAUGCCAAUGUUGAGAUGAUCGUGGAUAUUGCCAAAAGGAUCCCGGUGCAGGCGGUGUGGGCUGGAUGGGGCCAUGCUUCAGAGAACCCCAAACUACCAGAGCUCCUUCAAAAAGCAGGGAUAUCUUUCUUGGGGCCCUCCAGUAAGGCCAUGUGGGCAUUAGGUGAUAAGGUGGCAUCUUCCAUUGUGGCCCAGAGUGCCAACAUCCCCAUCUUGCCUUGGAGUGGAACGGGUCUGAAAGUUGAAUCGGCAGAGGAAAAUCAUAGGCUUGGUCACGUGAUCAGUGUUCCUCGUGAACUGUAUGUGCAGGGCUGUGUUAAAGAUGUGGAUGAAGGAUUAGCGAGCGCGGAGAAGAUCGGCUACCCCGUGGUCAUCAAAGCAUCUGAAGGAGGGGGCGGAAAAGGGAUCAGAAAAGUGGACUGCUCGGAAGACUUUCCUGGCUUCUUCAGACAGGUGCAGGCCGAGAUACCAGGUUCACCCAUUUUCAUCAUGCAGCUGGCCGAGCAUGCCCGUCACCUUGAGGUGCAAAUCCUGGCUGACCAAUACGGUAAUGCCAUCUCUUUGUUUGGCAGAGACUGCUCCAUCCAGCGGCGCCACCAGAAGAUCAUCGAGGAAGCUCCUCCCACCAUUGCCUCCACCACCACUUUUGAGCAAAUGGAAAAGUAUGCAGUGCUUCUGGCUAAAAUGGUGGGCUAUGUGAGCGCCGGUACGGUGGAGUAUCUGUUCUCAGAAGACGGAAGUUUCCACUUUCUGGAGCUGAAUCCACGGCUGCAGGUGGAGCAUCCCUGCACUGAGAUGAUCGCUGAUGUCAACCUUCCUGCUGCUCAGCUCCAGAUAGCUAUGGGCAUCCCUCUUUACAGAAUGAAGGAUAUUCGUGUUUUGUACGGUGAGGCACCGUGGGGGGACACGCCCAUCAACUUUGACUCUCCGGAGUGCAUUCCCUGUCCACGGGGACACGUUAUAGCUGCACGCAUCACCAGUGAAAACCCAGAUGAGGGUUUUAAGCCAAGUUCAGGCACAGUUCAGGAGCUGAAUUUCCGCAGCAGUAAAAAUGUGUGGGGUUACUUCAGCGUUGGAGCGGCUGGAGGCCUGCAUGAGUUUGCAGACUCUCAGUUUGGACAUUGUUUCUCCUGGGGCGAGAACCGAGAAGAAGCCAUCUCGAAUAUGGUGGUGGCCAUGAAAGAGCUGUCUAUAAGGGGAGACUUCCGAACCACAGUGGAGUAUCUUAUAAAACUACUGGAAACCGAGAGCUUUCGUAAUAAUGACAUCGAUACUGGUUGGCUGGAUCACCUCAUUACAGAAAAAGUUAAGGCUGAGAGACCAGACACCAUGUUAGGUGUGGUCUGUGGAGCUCUCCAUGUCGCCGAUGCUAGUUUCAGAGAGAGCAUGUCUGACUUUCUGCAUUCACUGGAAAGGGGUCAAGUGUUACCUGCUGUGAGUCUGGUCAACACAGUGAAUGUUGAUCUGAUCUAUGACAGAGUCAAAUACUGUCUCAAGGUGGCCCGCCAGUCGCCCACCACGUAUGUCAUCAUUAUGAACGGUUCAGAUAUCGAGGUUGACGUCCACAGACUCAGUGAUGGUGGUCUUCUCCUUUCAUACGGUGGCAGCAGUUACACAACCUACAUGAAGGAGGAAAUAGACAGCUACCGUGUCACAGUGGGCAACAAAACAUGCGUGUUUGAGAAGGAGAGAGACCCGACGGUGCUCAGAUCGCCCUCUGCUGGCAAGCUGUUGCAGUAUGUGGUCGCUGAUGGGUCUCAUGUUUUGGCUGGGCAGCCUUAUGCAGAGAUUGAGGUUAUGAAGAUGGUUAUGACCCUGCACGUCAAGCAGUCUGGUUGCGUGCACUUUCUAAAGAGACCUGGAACAGUGUUAGAGCCCGGCUGUGUGGUGGCCCACAUGGACCUGGAUGACCCCAGCUGUAUUCUGCAGGUGAAACCAAACACAGAGGCAUUACCUUCCCAGGAGCCUUUACCUAUUGUGGGUGAGAAGCUUCACCAGGUAUUCCAUAAUGUUCUGGAGAUCCUGAUGAAGAUUAUGGAUGGAUACUGUCUACCAGAGCCGUACUUCAGUGAAAAACUAAAAAAUUGGGUCGACACGCUGAUGAAGACCCUCAGGGAUCCAUCUUUGCCUCUUCUUGAACUACAGGAGAUCAUGACCAGCGUGGCAGGCCGCAUACCGAUUACUGUAGAGAAGGCAAUUCGAAAGGUCAUGGCACAGUACGCCAGUAACAUUACAUCUGUGCUCUGUCAGUUUCCCAGCCAAAGGAUAGCAAAUAUCUUAGACAGCCAUGCAGCCACUCUUCAGAGAAAAGCCGACCGUGAGGUUUUCUUCAUGAACACACAAAGUAUUGUGCAACUGGUGCAGAGGUACCGUAGUGGGAUUAGAGGUUACAUGAAAUUCGUAGUGCUGGAUCUGCUGAGACGCUACCUGCAGGUGGAGACGCAAUUUCAGCAAGCACAUUAUGAUAAAUGUGUGAUAAACCUCAGAGAGAAAUAUAAGCCUGAUAUGACUCCAGUACUGGAGUGCAUCUUCUCACACGCUCAGGUGUCCAAGAAGAACGUUCUUGUCAUCAUGCUCAUAGAUCAGCUGUGUGGACGGGAUCCGACCCUUGCUGAUGAGCUCAUGGUGAUUUUAAAUGAGCUCACACAACUCGGUAAAAUGGAGAACUCUAAAGUUGCCCUCCGAGCCAGACAGGUUUUGAUCGCCUCUCAUUUGCCCUCAUAUGAACUACGACACAACCAGGUGGAAUCCAUUUUUUUGUCUGCUAUUGAUAUGUAUGGACAUCAGUUUUGUCCUGAGAACCUCAAGAAACUCAUCCUGUCCGAGACCUCCAUCUUUGACGUCUUGCCCAGUUUCUUCUACCACAACAACCGUGUGGUUUGCAUGGCUGCUCUAGAGGUGUAUGUACGAAGAGGUUACAUAGCGUACGAGCUGAACAGCCUACAGCAUCAUCAGCUGCAGGAUGGCACGUGUGCGGUGGACUUUCAGUUUAUGUUACCAUCAUCACAUCCCAACAGAGGGAGCAGUCUUACUUUGAACAGAGUUUCAGUUCCCGUGAGCGGUUCAGGGGAGUCAAUGCGGCGACAGGGCAGUGAUCUCUUUAUGGAGGGGGCGCUGUCACCUCCCUGUCAGAGGAUGGGAGCCAUGGUCGCCUUUCAUAGCUUUGAGCACUUCAAAAGAUGUUUUGAUGAGGUGAUUUUUCGCUUUGCUGAUCCGCUGUGUGAGAGUUCUCUGUUCUCAGAAACAUUUGCCAAUUUCUGUGAUGAGGAUAACUGUAAGAACUUGAAAGAAAACCCCAUUCACAUCAUAAUGGUAUCCAUCAAACAAGCGGACACUGAAGAUGAUGACGCUCUAGUUUCAGCUUUCACAGCCUUUGCUCAGUCUAAAAGAGAUCUGCUGCAUGAGUACGGGAUCAGAAGAGUCACAUUUUUAGUUGCACAAAAGCGAGAGUUCCCGAAAUACUUCACCUUUAGGGCCAGAGAUGAAUUUCAAGAAGACCGAAUCUAUCGUAAUCUUGAGCCAGCUCUGGCUUUCCAGCUUGAGUUGAAUCGUCUGCGUAACUUCGACCUGACGGCCGUGCCCUGUGCCCACCACAGGAUGCAGUUGUACCUGGGUGCUGCCCGUGUGGAGGAAGGGGCCGAGGUCACAGACUAUCGUUUCUUUAUCAGAGCCAUCAUCCGUCACUCUGACCUCAUCACCAAGGAAGCUUCAUUUGAGUAUCUGCAGAAUGAAGGAGAGAGACUGCUGCUAGAGGCUAUGGAUGAACUGGAGGUGGCUUUCAGUAACACACCCACCCAUACCGACUGCAACCACAUCUUCCUCAACUUUGUGCCAACGGUUAUCAUGGACCCUUCCAAGAUUGAAGAGUCUGUCCGCUCUAUGGUGAUGCGGUACGGCAGUCGUCUGUGGAAGUUGCGCGUGCUCCAGGCUGAACUGAAAAUCAACAUCCGCCUCACAACCACCGGGAAUGCCAUUCCCAUCCGCCUCUUCCUCACCAAUGAGUCUGGUUAUUAUUUGGACAUCAGCCUGUACAAGGAGGAAACUGACCCCACCACCGGACAGAUCAUGUUCCAGUCAUACGGAGAAAAACAAGGUCCAAUGAAUGGCAUGUUAAUCAACACACCUUAUGUCACUAAAGAUCUGCUGCAAGCCAAACGCUUUCAGGCUCAGAGCCUUGGCACCACGUAUGUCUACGACUUUCCUGAGAUGUUCAGGCAGGCUUUGUUUAAGCUUUGGGGACCAGGAGACAGCUACCCUAAAGAUGUGUUGAUGUGUAAUGAGCUGGUGCUGGAUUCUCAAGGCAGACUUGUGCAGAUGAACAGACUCCCGGGAGACAAUGAGGUUGGAAUGGUGGCCUUCCGGAUGAAGAUGAAGACUCCGGAAUACCCAGAGGGCCGUGAUAUCAUUGUUAUCUGUAAUGAUAUUACUCAUAUGAUUGGCUCAUUUGGGCCCCAGGAGGAUCAGCUGUUUUUACAGGCAUCUGAACUGGCCAGAGAAGAAGGCAUUCCACGCAUCUACAUUUCAGCCAAUAGCGGAGCUCGAAUAGGACUGGCGGAGGAGAUCCGCCACAUGUUUCAGGUGGCAUGGAUUGACCCCGAUGACCCCUAUAAGGGCUUCAAGUACCUCUAUCUGACCCCUCAGGAUUACGCUCUCAUCAGUUCCACAAACUCUGUUCACUGUCGCCAUGAGGAAGAGAACGGAGAGUCCAGGUACAUCAUCACAGACAUCAUAGGGAAGGAAGAAGGGCUUGGCGUAGAGAAUCUGAGGGGUUCAGGCACCAUUGCUGGAGAAACGUCUCAAGCUUAUAAAGAAGUCAUCACAAUCAGCAUGGUGACAUGUCGUGCCAUAGGAAUCGGGGCGUAUCUUUUGCGUCUCGGACAGAGAGUGAUUCAAGUUGAAAAUUCUCACAUCAUCCUGACCGGGGCAGGAGCGCUAAACAAGGUGUUGGGUCGUGAGGUUUACACCUCUAAUAACCAGCUUGGAGGUGUACAGAUCAUGCACAAUAAUGGAGUGACACACACCACUGUGCCAGAUGAUUUUGAAGGGGUGCUCACAAUUCUACAGUGGCUAUCUUAUAUGCCAAAGAACAAUCAAAGUCCCGUCCCAAUCAUGCCUCCGACUGAUCCAGUAGACAGAGAGAUAGAUUUUCUUCCCACCAAAGCACCUUAUGACCCCCGCUGGCUGCUCUGUGGUCGACCCCAUCCCACUGUGAAGGGAGCAUGGCAGAGUGGAUUUUUUGACAACGGUACUUUUAUGGAAGUGAUGGCCACCUGGGCUCAGACUGUGGUCGUGGGGCGAGCCAGGCUUGGUGGGAUUCCUCUUGGGGUUAUCGCUGUGGAGACUCGCACCGUUGAAGUUGCUAUUCCCGCAGAUCCAGCCAACUUGGAUUCAGAGGCCAGGCUUGUGCAGCAGGCUGGUCAGGUUUGGUUUCCAGACUCUGCGUAUAAAACCGCUCAGGCUAUUCAGGAUUUCAACAGGGAGAAACUUCCACUUAUGGUGUUUGCUAACUGGAGAGGAUUCUCUGGAGGAAUGAAAGACAUGUACGAUCAGGUACUAAAGUUUGGUGCUUAUAUCGUGGAUGCCCUGCGAGAGUUUGGCCAACCCGUGCUGGUGUACAUCCCUCCCCAUGCUGAGCUGAGAGGAGGAUCGUGGGUCGUGAUCGACCCCACCAUCAACCUUCAACAUAUGGAGCUCUACGCAGAUCGAGAGAGCAGAGGAGGUGUUCUGGAGGCAGAGGGCACUGUGGAGAUAAAGUUCAGAAAGAAAGAUCUGCUGAAGACCAUGCGAAGGAUCGAUGCUGUGUAUUCCCACCUAUCUGAACAGCUUGGCAAGCCGGAGUUGCCGGUCCAAGAGCGUAAAGAUUUGGAGGCCAAACUGAAAGCCAGGGAGGAGUUCCUUCUUCCCAUCUACCACCAGGUGGCAGUGCAAUUUGUGGACCUCCAUGACACGCCUGGGAGAAUGCAGGAAAAGGGCGUCAUCAUGGACAUUGUAAACUGGAAGAAUGCACGGUCGUUCUUUUACUGGCGUCUGCGGCGACUAUUAUUGGAGGAGUUGGUAAAGGGGGAGAUCAUGCAGGCCAAUAAAGAACUGAGCAACGGACACAUCCGGUCAAUGCUGCGCCGGUGGUUUGUGGAAAAAGAAGGGACUGUUAAAGCAUACCUGUGGGACAAUAACAAAGUUGUUAUAGAGUGGCUGGAGAAUCAUCUUUCGCAGCAGGACGGGACACAUUCUGUCAUAAGGGAGAAUAUCAAGUACUUGAAGAGGGAUUACGCUCUCAAAAACAUCCGCAGCUUAGUUCAGGCCAACCCAGAGGUGUCUAUGGACUGCAUCAUCCACAUGGCACAGAACAUCACUCCUUCACAGAGAGCCAAAAUCUGCCACCUGCUGACCACCAUGGACAACUCCACUACCAGCUGAUCUCAUCUUUACUCAUCAUCAGUAGCACUGUUUAACCUUCCACUACACAAAGGAAACAACAUGGUGUUUAGCAUUUUUUUAAUAUUGUAAUAUACAGAAAAUGAAGUAAAACGCACAAAAUAGAUACUGUAUAAUAUGGACAGUUUUGUACUGUUAUGUAUCAGGGCAUUAGGCAAUCACCUUAUCCACAUGAUUUCAAGUGCAGGGUUCAUUUACUCUACGUAACUUAUCAUAGAACACAGCUGCUACGUACAGUAUCUUACACGAGCACUAUAGUAGGGCUAUAAUGUAUCCUACACACUAUAGUAUGCUCACUGCCAAGAGAGUAAAAGCUGUAUAGUAUUUUUUCCUGGUUGAUUUUUGUGGGCUUUGUGUCAUUUUUAUGGUGAUAGCCGACAGAUGAAUGUACAACAAAACAAAGAGACUGAUUUUUAGUGAAGUGGUCACCAAGUUGGAGUGCACAUAAACACUACAUGGUACUUCCUCAGGAAUAUAUGUGAUUAAAUCACUAUUAUUAGAGUAUAGUCACAGUAUUGUAGCUGAAUAAAAUCACUGUGCCUUUACAAAAAGGCUUAUUUUCAUUUGUGUAAAUAUGUCUUCACUGCAAAAAAUGAUUUUCAAGAAAAAAAUCUUAGAAUUAAAAAUAUCUAAAAAUUCUUAAAUUAAGACCCAAGAAACUAAGUCUAGUUUUUAGACCAAAAAAAUCAAAUUUAAGUUAUUUUGUGCAUAAAGCAAGCAAAAAAAUCUGCCAAUGGGGUAAGCUUAUUUUUCUUGAAUCUUUCUUGAAUUUAGUGUUUAAGAAAAAUAUUUUUUUUUGCUUGUUUUAUGCAAAAAAUCACUUAAAUUUGAAUUUUUUUUGUCUAAAAACUAGACUUAUUUUCUUGGGUUGUUUUGCUCAUCAAGAAAAAGCAUCUUAAUUUAAGAAUUUUUAGAUAUUUUUACUGAAAACAAGACAAAAAUACUAAGAUUUUUUUUUCUUGAAAAUAAUUUUUUGCAGUGUUUAAAUCUUAACUACGAUUGUCUGGGUUUCCCAGCAAAACCUGUCCAAUUGUACUCAAACUAGCCUAAUUGAGUUUCAGAUUUUUUAAAGAGUUUAUAUGCUAAAAUUCUUAUUCUCAGGGCUAAAUGUCAUUAUUGUGGAUGCUUCAACCCGCGGACAUGUAAAACAGCCCGUGGCAACAGUAUUAAAGUAGCCCAAUUCAGCAGGAAAACCCUGCUUUUAACAAUAACUUUCAUUUCUACUAGUAUACACUAAUGAAAAAUUACUUUUUAAUUCGUAAUGAAUGGUAAUGUAUUCGUUAAGGAUUACACUUCUGUUCGUAUGAAUGCAAUCGCAUGUGCUGGUUCUGUAAGUUGAUAAAUAUAAUUUAAUCCUCGGGGCUGGACUGUACACAGUGUUUCUGAUUAAAAAAAAAUUUAAUCAGAUUUUGUGCCUUUUAAUAGUUUUUGUGUAUUGUUAUGAGACCAGAAACUAAGCUUAGUGCCUGUUUUUGUUGGCUGUAUCAGGAUGUAUUUCAAUGAAAUCCAUUAUUAUGCAUAAAUAAAUUAUGUUUUUCUCUAAA